AUGGAUAACACAGAUUUAAAAAAUUUAAUUUAUGAUUUAGUACUUAAUCAAAAUUUUCUUAAUUAUUAUGAAUUAAAAUCAUAUCUCCAAAAACAUAAUAACAAUAUAACGGGUGAUGAUAUGGAUUAUUAUUAUCCAUAUUAUAAAAAUGAAAUUUUGAAAUAUCAUGAUAAAAUAAUUUCUAAAAUUAAAGACAAAAUUAAAAAUAAUGAAUAUACAAAGGGAAAAACUAAAUCACAACUUAAACAAUUGAAAGAUUUCAAAAAUAAAGUAUUAACAGAAGAAGAUAUUGAUGAAUUAUAUAAAUUAUAUAAUCCUGAGCCGCAAAAACCAAAGGAACAAAAACAAAAGGUGCAAAACGCCCAGGUCCUUCAGACCAUAAAUGAUGCACAGGCUUUAAUUUAUGAUUCAUUAGUUAAACUAUAUUCAGCCCGACUUUUAAAUGAAGAUCAACUUUUGGAAUUCAUCCUUCAACAUAAACUCGAAGCGGGAAAGUAUAUCAAACCUUUAUAUACAGCAUAUUUAAAACAAAUGAAUAGAAUACAUCCAGAAUUAAUGAAGGGGGAAUAA